GAAAGUGGAUUUAUUUAGUGUUCUCAGUCUGAAUUAAAGGGCGGGGUUUAUCGUAUCUGUUUUGGACGCUAUGACUCAGGAACGGGUUUUCGUCACGACGUUUUUCUCAGGUGUUCUGGUCGUGGUGGUUCUGGCGCUCCUCUGCUACUUCACCUGCCGCAUCGCGUCCAGAGUGGCUCCUGUUGGAGCGCCAAUGCAUUUCUGAGUCUUGGAGAAUCGGUCCAGACUCGUGUAAUUUUAGUUCUCUGGGUGGAGAAAUGCAGCAGGGGUUUGGAAGACGGUGGUUUGAAGUCAGAACGAUGAAGGUCAUCACACUCCUCCUCACCUGCCUGGUGUGUAGAGGUUCAGGAAAACCUCAGUUUCCAGAACAAGAAAAGGAUCCCGGGUUCUGGAACGCUUGGGCUCAGCGGACCCUGAGGAGUGCACUGACCCUUCAGGAGCCCAACAGGAACAUCGCCAAGAACCUGAUCCUCUUCCUCGGAGAUGGGAUGGGCGUUCCGACGGUGACGGCGGCCCGGAUUCUGAAGGGUCAGCUGAGUGGUCAGUACGGAGAGGAGGUUCAGCUGGAGAUGGAUAAAUUCCCCUACGUUUCUCUCUCUAAGACCUACAACACUAACGCCCAGGUUCCCGACAGCGCCGGCACCGCCACCGCGUAUCUGUGCGGCGUGAAGGCCAACGAGGGCACGGUGGGCGUCAGCGCCGCCGCCGUCAGGGGCCAGUGCAACACCACCCGCGGCAACGAGGUCACCUCCAUCCUGAAAUGGGCUAAAGAAUCAGGGAAGUCUGUGGGCAUCGUCACGACCACGCGGGUAAAUCACGCGACCCCCAGCGCCGCGUACGCUCACUGCGUGGACCGAGACUGGUACUCGGAUGGAGAGAUGCCGCCUGAGGCAGUGCAGGCUGGCUGCAAGGACAUCGCCCGACAACUGAUGGAGAACAUCCCCGACAUUAACGUAAUUAUGGGCGGAGGACGUAAAUACAUGCUGCCCAAGAACACGUCGGACGUGGAAUACCCCGGAGAGAAGAAGCACAGCGGGACACGCAAAGACGGGAGGAAUCUGAUCCAGGAGUGGACUGACAGAAUGAGAGACAAGAAGGGUUAUUACGUGUGGAACAAGAAAGAUCUCCUCUCAAUAAACCCCUCUUCUGCUGAUUACCUUCUGGGGCUGUUUGAGCCGGGAGAUCUGCAGUACGACCUGGAGAGAGACAGCAGCACUGACCCCUCCCUCACGGAGAUGGUGGAGGUGGCCAUUAAAAUCCUCCGGAAAAACCCUGAAGGAUUUUAUCUGCUGGUGGAAGGUGGGCGUAUUGAUCACGGGCAUCACGAGGGUAAGGCUAAGCAGGCUCUGCACGAGGCGGUGGAGAUGGACCGCGCUAUUGGCCGAGCCGGACUGUUGACCAGCGUACACGACACCAUGACUGUAGUGACCGCUGAUCACUCUCACGUCUUUAACUUCGGAGGAUACACACUGCGCGGAAACUCCAUAUUCGGUUUGGCUCCUAUGGUCAGUGAUGUGGAUCAGAAGCCCUUCACUUCUAUACUGUACGGAAACGGCCCCGGGUUCAAACUGAUCAACGGCUCCAGAGUCAACGUCUCCACAGAGGACUACCAGCAAAAUGAUUACCAGGCUCAGUCGGCGGUUCCGUUACGGAUGGAGACGCACGGCGGUGAGGACGUGGCCGUUUUCUCUAAGGGUCCGAUGGCCCACCUGCUGCACGGCGUCCAGGAGCAGAACUACAUCCCCCACGCCAUGGCCUACGCCGCCUGCAUCGGCCAGAACAGAGCACACUGCCGGACCCGGAGCAGCGCCACGCCCCUCGCCAUCACCACGCCCAGCCUGUUCCUCCUCAUCACAGCCGCGUGGCUGCUGUGCUGACCCUGCUGAGGGUCACGCGACCUCCUCUUAGUGUUUAUAGGAUUAUAGACGAGACGGUCUGAACUGCUUCUGGUGGGUUUUAGUUUUAUUUUCAGACGGGUUUUUAUUUUUCGUUUUUUAAAGCAGGGGGUCCUGGUGGGAUGCAGUCCAGCACAGUUCAGUGAUACUUUUCCAGUCGUUACGACAGCAAAGACACACUGACACGCCCUAAAUCUAGCUGCAUGUUGCAGAGCGAUUGAAUAGAGUUUAUAUUGGUUUGUAUUUUCUACAGAUCGGUAAAAACGUAAAAGUUUUAAAGACCACACUAAUAAAAUGCCCUUAAAAGUUUUCACAUUUUAACCUUCUUGUUAAAACUUUCAAUCUGUCAAGUUUUCUUGAUGUUCAUUUGAGUGUUUUCAUUUAAAAAAAAAUUAAAACACUGCAAAACUGCAACAUCACUUAUGUCCAUUUUUUAAGUUUUUUGACCAUGCUGGACUGUGAUAUAGACUGUGCUGGACUGUGCUAGACUAAGAUAGACUCUACUGGUUUGUACUGGACUGUGAUAGACUGUGAUGGACUGUGCUAGACUGUGCUGGACUAUAAUAGACAGUGCUUGACUGUGCUAGAUUGUGCUGGAUUGUGCUAGACUGUGCUGGACUACAAUAGACUGUGCUUGACUGUGGUAGACUGUGCUGGAUUGUGUUGGACUGUGCUGGAUUGUGAUAGACUGUGCUGGACUGUGAUAGACUGUGCUGGACUGUGAUAUAGACUGUGUGGGACUGUGAGAGACUGUGCUAGACUAAGAAAGAUUGUGCUGGUUUGUACUGGACUGUGAUAGACUGUGAUGGACUGUGCUAGACUGUGCUGGACUGUUCUGGACUGUGCUAGACUGUGCUGGACUACAAUAGAUUGUGCUUGACUGUGCUAGACUGUGCUGGAUUGUGUUGGACUGUGCUGGAUUGUGAUAGACUGUGUUGGAUUGUGCUGGACUGAGCUGGACUGAGCUUGACUGUGCUAGACUGUGCUAGACUGCAUCCCUGCAGGAGAGGAGUUGGUUCCCCUGUUUUAGACUGUUUUAGACUUCGGGACCAACAGCUGGGGCAUUUAGAAUGAGAUUUUAAAUAUUUUUAAUUUUAAAAUGAGAUUUUAAAUGAUUCAGACUGAUUGUGAUGUAAAGGGAAAUGAAGGGUGAUGAUAUAGGAGAUUUAUAAACUGCUUAUAUAGUCCAAAAAUUGUAUAAAUCAUUGUUUUAACACUUUUAAACUGAAUGAAAAUGGUGAUGCAGCAGAGCUUCAGAAUCGCUGCAUUUCUCGUGGAUUCGCCUCAAUAUUAAUAUUCACUAUUUUUAAAAAAAGUUUAAAGGAAUGUUUUGGCAAAAAAUCAGCCAAUAUUUGUUUAUUUGUUUAUCUGCUUCUUAAGUUAAUAAAACUAAAGUUAAACCCCUGAUUUUAGCUGACUCCACCCACAGCUUACGUUUGAAAAAUGCUUAAAAAAUAGGUGGAAUAGUUUGGGAGGGGCACUGGGUGAUGUAUGGGUUUAGGGGCGGGGCAGAAGGAAGAGCUGAUUGGGCUGAGCAGUGUGCCUCUGAUAGCUGUGGUGAGACGCAAAUGGUUGGAUGUCGUCAGCAGGGGGGCGGGAUUAUCAAUUGGCUGAUUUGCAUAUUGUGACAUCAUCCUCGCCUAUAGCAAAGUUGAACCUAAGAGGAGCUGCAAAGGCGAAAAUUACCACAAUAAAAACCACAAAGUUUUUUUAAAGGUUAGGAAAUGUUUAUAAAAAUUUAAAGCAGGACUGGUAUGUUUUAUUACUUCAAAUGAACACAUUUAUUAAGCUAUUAAUAUAAAAAAAUAUAUAGUUUAGGGUUUUAGUUUAAAGUUUAGUGGCUCUUUAACAAUGGGAGAUGCUAGGCUAACACUGCUAACACUCACUUAAAUUGAGUUAUAUUGAUCUUAUAUAUGUAAUUACAUAAAAAAAUUAUAUAUUUUGCUUGAAAUGUCUAUUAAAACUGUUAUUGCCUUCCAAAGCAGCCAAAGCAAAUGAACUUUAUUGUAAUUUAGAAGGAUUUAAAGAUUCAAGGAGACUUUAUUGUUAGAAUUUUGAUGUUAGAAACAACAAUUGUAAUGUUUUAAGAGUUCAGAAACAAUAAUAUUUGGUGUAAUAACUUAAUAAAUUUUUAAUCACAGCUCUGAAAGGAAAUUACGCUAUAAAAGUAUUUUUCUGUGUGCUGGUUGCAAUUACACAUUCUCACCAGAGAGGUCUCCAAAUCCCCAAAUGUUACAGACUUAAACCAUAUUAACUGAUUUGUGUCAAAUCAAAUUAAAUAAAAAUGAGCUGCAUGUUUUAACUGGGUUGCAUAACAUUUUUGAAGAUUAUUUGUUAGUUUGAAGCUAUUUUUUGUUACACAGUUGAGAUGCAUUGAUACAGUGAGUCUCCAGUGUGAGAGAGUGUGUGUUAGUGAUGUUUGUUAGCCUAGCAAUCGCCGUUCUACACUAAAGAAUGAGACUUUAAAACACUUGUUCUGUUCUAAACAACUGAACAACACCGGAAAAAGGUCAAUUAUUAAUCACGCUUUACUGUUCUGAUUUGAUUUUUAGCUAAGCUCUUUCUUUUUUAGUUAUUUUCCACAUGAAUGAAUGAAUACUGAAGGCCAUUUUUUGUUUCAGAAUUUACUAAUGAUUUUUAAUGAUUAUGAAGUCAUUGUAUAUAUAUAUAGAGGCUGCAUAUAUAUAUACCGUAUGUUUGAUUCCCUUUGUAAUUGGAGUUUAAAUGAGAUCUACCUCAACCUCAAAAAAAACUUUUAUCUUCUUUAUUUUCUUUAUUUGGUGUUCAUCUGCGGUCCAGUCAGUCAUAAAGUGUGAUUUUUGUAUCUUCAGACUGUGUAUUGUUGCUAAAAGAGAGCGGAUAAUGAAGUCUCGUGUCAUUUUGUAAAAUGUUCCCCUGAUAAUAAAGUCUGUGGUGUUGAUUUUUUU